CUUCUAAAUAUAGGAUUUAUUUUUAGGUUGGAGCUAGCCAUAGUUUGAAUCAAGAAUUUGAUCUAAAACUGCAUUUCUAGACGGUUUUGUAAUAGUGACAAAAAUGGCGAAUGAUUUAAUAUUGAGAAGCAAAGACAGAUUACAAGAAAUUAGUAUGAAAUUAGAACAAAGUCAUUUGGUUUAUCUACAAACAGAUGAUAGUCCUUUAAAAUUACAACAACGUCAUAAACUUGAAGGUUUUAUUAAAGAGUAUCUCUGCCUUGUUCCAAAUGAGAAUAAAUAUAUAUUUCAAGAAACUGCAGAUAUAUUGCAUAGAUCAGCAGCUACACUGCAAGACUUUAGUGGAUAUAGAGCUGCUACUGCCUGGAGUGCUAUUUCUUUGUAUGCUGCUAAUCUUUUAGCCCAACCUUGGAGAAAAGAAUAUAGAAUAUUAAGGACUUAUAGUGGAUAUUACAAGCAUGAAGUAGAAGCAAAUUUAAUAGGAGCAGAAUUAAUGUUUGAACAAAUGGGAUACAAACAUACAGGGUUAGGAGUGCUCACUUUGGAGGGUCCUAUUGAUCCUGACAAAGUAUCUAGUAUAAGCAGAGAUGCAAUAGUUGCUUUUGUCGAAUGCCAGAUAUUGAAGCAAAUAUGGGAGAGUGUUUCUCAGAAUUGUACCAUCUCAUGGUUGGAAGUUUUAGAGUUUCGGGAAAAUCACGUUAGCACACCAGAACAAGCAAUUAGAGCAUUGAACUAUCGUUUCCUGGAAAAAAUGCAUCAAAAUCGAGUAAAAGCAGAGAACUAUAGAGACUAUCAUUAUUCACAGCCCACUUGUAUAGAUGCAGCGUCGCCAUCGGUUCCCUAUCACAUUAUGCCUCCGAAUUACAAUAUGCCAAUGCCUGCUUGUCAGUCAGACUAUAGAUACAUCGAAGACACGAACCCGAUACCUGGAAGUUAUAGAUAUUUUCAGCCGAUGGAUCAUGGUUUUGUAAAUCGAUGUAGUGCCUAUGGAUGUUUACCACACGGUAACAAAUAUUUGAGCAGUGUCAAUCCUUACUAUACUACAAUGCCAGGAUACACAAGAGUGCCGACAGGUAGAUUAAUUGAGCUCGAUAUGCCAAUGUCGGUCGCGAAUUACGAUAAGCUGCACAAUCGAAAAACGUCCCACCGAAUAUCAGAUUUGGACGAGGUAGAUUUUUAUAAAAGACAAUCCAGCGAUGGAGAUCAUUACGAUUAUGGUAGAAUCGAUAAAAAAUCCGUAAAAUCUGUCGGAAAUGAAAAAAACAAUUAUGACUCGUGGGAUUUUGUGUAUAGAAAUUUAGAAAGUUUAGGAUACUCUAAAGACGUCGGCAAUCGAGAAGAUAUUUUACACAAACGGGAAUGCGAUCCUCUGUUAUUUAAACAAAAUGACAACGAUGAGAAGUAUAGUCCAUAUCGUUUUGAAAAAAAAAGAAGCGGAAGAAUUGAUAACAAUGAGGUUGAUACGUCUAUGACGAAUGGUCGACAUUAUCACCACGACACGUUACCAUUUAAAAAGAAGUCUUCUUCCUUCGAUUUAAUGGAUUCCAACAGAUAUCACGAUACAUCUUCAGAAGGUCAUUUAUCUCACCAUAAUAAAGAAAAAAGGCACAGCAGUCAAACGCUUCCAAUUCAACGUUCCCACCGAUCGUCAGAUCAAAUUGUAAAAAUUGCGGAUAGUUUAAAGAAUUUGGGACUUUCUUAUUUUGGGAAAGAGAACGAAAUGGAAGAUGGAAAUAUGAAGUGGAAUUGUGCGACUUGCACGUAUCUUAAUUCAUCUCCGAAGGAAAUUUGCGAGAUGUGUGGAAAGUCUAGGCACAAAGGAAACGAGGACAAACCAUUAGCAAGUGGUGGAAAAGAAUGUCCAAGGUGUACAUUAGUAAACGAGCAAAAUGUCUCGAAAUGUGAAGCCUGUGGUAUCAGUUUAAAAGAUUCACCUACUUACAUUUAG